AUGCCCAAAGUAGCCAUCGCAGGAGGCUCCAGCCCAACCCUGGGCGCAUCCAUCCUCGCCGCCCUCUCCACCACCCCCUGGACGCCCAUCAUCCUCUCCCGGCAAACCAACAAUCCCAAACCCUCACCUCCAGGCAUCGAAACCCGCUACGUGGACUAUACAUCCCACACGUCUCUCGUCGCCGCACUCCAGGACGUCAACACCGUCCUCAGCGUCGUGCUCAUACCCGGCCCGGAAUCCAUCACCUACCAGCUCAAUCUUCUCAACGCCGCUAUAGACGCGGGCUGUCGGCGGUUCGCGCCGUCGGAGUUUGCCCUCUGCGAGCAGGCCCAGGCGCAGGUUGAUUUGCUAAGGCCGAAGAAUGUUGUCUGGGAGGCGGUCAGGGCCAAGGUCGAGGAGGGGCUGAUCGAUGCUGCGCGGUUCCCGUGCGGCAUGUUCAUGAAUUACCUGGGGAUUGGGAUUGGAGGGGAGAAGGAAAAGGAGGCGCGGGCCGGGUUGGCCGAGGGGGCGUCCCUCGUGCACUUGGAUGCGGAGCCGGCGUAUGUGGUUGUCCCGGUGAAACAGGAUGGAUCGUCGCCGGCCCUCACGUUGACGGAUAUCCGGGACGUGGGGAGAUUUGUGGUUGCUGCGUUGGAGAUGGAGGAAUGGGGAGGAAGGGAGUUGGGGAUGGCGGGUGAUACCCUCGGCUUCGAUGAAUUGGUUAGGCUUUGUGAGGUGUAUACCGGCAAGAAGGUCGACGUGCGCCGGGUGACGAGGCAGCAGCUGGAAGACCGAUUAAAGGAGAUUCCCGACGAGGAUGUGAUCAAGCGGAUGGACUGCCAGAUCGCCAUGGCCUGCGCGAGAGAAGGGUCGGUGGUGCCGGGGGUGUUGAAUGAGGUGUGCAAAUUCCAGCCGGUCAAGGUGGAAGAAUUUCUGCAAAGGCACUGGAGAUCAUAG